ACUCCAAAAAGUACCCAAAAAGCCCAAAUUUUCCUCUACAAUUUUCCACCCCAACAAAAAAAAAAUCAAAUUUUAAAAAUCUUUGUGUUUUUUUUUCUUCACGAUUUUCUCUUCAAGAACACUCGUAUCUGGAUCAUGAACAACACAAUAGGAGAUGGCAUUGAAGAUACUCAAGAUCAUUACUUAGGUGAAAAAAACUUUGAAAAUUAUGGAUAUGGCAUUGGAUUUUCCCUAUUAAUCCUUGUUAUACUUAUACUCAUCACCUAUUCUUCUUACUUAUAUAUUGGAAAAAGAUCAAGUACCAAUAAUUCCUCUUCACAUAAUAUUGUCAACAACAAUAUAACCAACACAAGUAUAGUUGAAAAUCAAUUGGUUUUCAUUCAACAAGGUCUUGAUGAAACAACAUUGAGAAAUUAUCCAAAAUUACUUUAUUCACAAGCCAAGAGUCACAACAAAAGGGAUUUUUUAAUGUCUUCUGGUUGUUCAAUUUGUUUGGUUGAUUAUAAAGACAAUGACAAACUUAGACUUUUGCCUGAUUGUCACCAUAUUUUUCAUGUCAAAUGUAUUGACCCUUGGCUUAGACUUCACCCUACUUGUCCAAAUUGUAGAAGUUCUCCUUUUCCAUCUCCUUUGCCUACUCCUUUGGCUGAGGUGGUUCCUUUGGCAACAACAAGGCCAAGUUGAUGAGUCGGAAAAAAUUUACUCGCACCUGAUGUUCUGUUCUGUUGCUUCGACUCUUGAAAAAUGUUAAUGGAUGUGUAUCAUAUCCUUCAAAAUUUAUAUAAAUUUUGAAUACGAGUGUGACAACAUUUCUACAGGAUAGUCCAAUCAACAUAAAUGUUUUGCACAUUAAGUUAUUAUUAUUUAAUUAUGGCUAUCACACAACCGUGGUAUAAUGUAAAUAUCUGGUGUGAGUAAGUCUUUUUCGAGCCGAGUCCAUCACCAUAGUUGGUGUUUUUUUUUUUUUCUUCUCUCUUUUUGGCCUUUUUUCUUUCCUUAUUCUUGUAUGUAAAUGAUCCACUUAUAUCAUUGAAAGUUGUACAUA